AUGGAUAAGAUGGCUUUGGCUUCCUUUAUGAAAGGCGUAACAAUCGUUGGGGCUCCUGAUGAAGAAACCAUGGACAUAGUACUUGCAAGAAACUACUCUGAAAUGGUGGGAAUUGUGUUCAAUGAUACUUACUCAUAUUGGCCGAAGUUUAGUUGGGGACAUAGGAUCCCAGUUAUGAGAGAACACUUUGAAUACUCAGAACAUUGUUGGGCUGUGCAUGAUGAAAUUGUUUGUUCAUUGACAACAUACUGGCAAAGAGGGUUUGUGGCUUUUCAAACCGCAAUUAAUGCUGCAAUUAUAGAAGUCACAACAAAUCAUUCUGUGAUGGAAGAGUUGACAUCAGUCAUUGGAAUAAAUAUGAGGACACCCCCUUUCAUUUCUAAGGAAGAAACUGUAAAUGAAUGGUUUAUUUUUAUGUGUGUAGUUUAUUUCUCCCCUUUUGUAUAAUCAUUAAACAUUACAAAGGAAUGAAAAAAAUUUAAGACGACAGUGAUGGGUCUCCCAGAGUCGGCCUUCUGCAGUAGAAAACAAGAAAUAGAGAUUUUAAAAAUAAGCAAUAUGCAUAAAAAGUGUGGCUUUGACAAUUUAACUUCCAAGAGAACCCCAUUACCAGAUGCAGGCAUCCUAGGUAUUAAGGGGAGCCCCUGGCCUGUUGGGGUCCUGAAGGGCUGCUUCGCCGUGGGAGCGUCCCCGUGUAGGCCGCGUGCCCGGCGCCUCUGGUGCGAGGGCUGUUUUCGCCCCGGACACGAGCCGCGUCUUCCUGGGGUGUCCGGGCCUCUGCCCCCUUCGCGGGGGCUGUGCUUGGAGUCAGGGGCUCUGCCGGCGCAGGACGUGAGGCGGGACCUCCUCUCUGCUCGGCGGCUCUUGCCCCGCUGCCCGGGGAGGGGUCUGCCCGCGGCCGCGGCGGCUGCAGGCCUGAGGGUGGGCUCAGGCGGGCCCCGCUCCCCUUCGGCGCGCCCGCUGCCCCGGAGCCGGGCCCGCCGCGGCAGGGGAGGCUCCCGCGCUCGCGGAGGGCAGGUGGGCCGCGGCGCUGCUCGGAGGCGGCCCGGGGCUGCGUCCUGCCCCCGCACCCCGCACCCCGCACCCCGCACCCCGGUCCGGGGCCAGGCUGGGCCGUGGAGCGGCUGGGCCCGGGGCGUCCCUGGGCUGCGGCUGCCGGGUCCGCGCCUGCCCGCCGGAGUGCGCGCUGCUGCGCCGCCCGGGCGCCCGGCUGGCUGUGCGCCGGCAGCCGCGGGGCGGUCCGAGGGCCCGGCUGGCCGAGCUGGGGUGUGGAGCGCCGGGGGCCGCGGGAGUGAGGGCGGCGGGGAGGCGGCGGCUGCCGGCGCGAAGCCCCCUCGGCCCCGCUGUGCGCAGGCCCGCGCGGCGCUGCUCGGGAGCGGAGUCAGGCGUCCCCGCGCCUCCGUCCGUGCCUGCGGUUCCCCCAGCAGCCGAGGGGCCUGUCUCCUCUGCGGAGGACCCCCGCCUGGGGCUUGCCCCGCUCGCCCCCCCGGGCCCCGGGCCCCGGUGCGAAGCUUCUCCGCCUACCUCGCCCUCCGGGGCGGAGGUGCCGACCCUGCGCCUGUCCUCGGUCCCGCUCCGCUGCGUGGACGUCCUCCCCGCAGCUCUGGUUGUACGCGAGUUCCUCUUCCGGUUUCCAGGUGGUUUUGCGUGAGAGUCGCUCCCCAGCCAUACCUUCAGAGUUUCAGUUUCCUUUUUGUUAUAAGGUGUCUGGAAAUGAAGUAUGGAAAAGAAACAAUGAGGAAAGAUCCAGUUUUCAGAAUCUCUCCAAGAAGAAGCGAAAAUUAUCCAAAUCCAGAAGAGCCAGAAGAAGGUGAAGAUGUGCAAACUGAACGAGUGAAAACUGCAAGUGGACUCACUACUUCCAGCUUGCAUGAGAAACCAGUAAUAAUGGCAAGCUGUUUACACAAGGAAUAUAAAGAGCAAAAGAAAAGUUGCUUUUCAACAAGAAAGAAGAAAAGAGCCGUUUGGAAUGUUUCCUUCUGUGUUGACAAAGGUGAAGCGUUGGGCUUGCUGGCACACAGUGGAGCUGGGAAAAGUACAUCUAUUGAAAUGAUAACUGGAGACACAAAGCCAACUGCGGGAGUGGUGGUUUUCAAUGGCAGCAGAACACCUCGGAAGCAACAGGAAGAUGAUGUCGUCAGGUGUUUGGGGUGCUGUCCCCAGGAGAACUCCUUGUGGCCCCACCUUACGGUCAAAGAACACCGGGAGUUGUAUUCGGCAGUGAAAGGACUGGGAGAGGAUGCUGCUCUUAGUAUUUCAAGGUUGGUGGACGCACUGAAGCCGCAGGGCUAGCUGAAGCUCCCCGCGAGCCUUUCCGAGGGAGUGAAGAGACAGCUGUGCUUGGCGCUGAGCGUCCUGGAGAGCCCAGCGGUGGUGCUUCAGGACGAGCCAUCCACAGGGAAGGACCCCGAGGGGCCGCUGCACGUGUGGCUGGCGAUUCAGGCCAUUGUUAAAAACACCGAGAGGGGGACGCUCCUGACCACCCACUACGCAGCCGAGGCCGCGGCCGUGUGGGACUGCGUGGCCGUCAUGGUAUCCGGAAGGCUGAGUUGUAUUGGUUCCAUUCAACAUCUGAAAAGCGAGUUUGGUAAAGAUUAUUUACUGGAAGUAAAAGUAAAGGAACUCACCCAGGUGGGGCCUCUCCACACAGAGAUUCUGAAGCUUUUUCCACAGGCUGCUCGGCAGGAAAGGAGAGGGAUGUAUUCCUCCGUGAUGGCAUAUAAAUUACCUGUGGAGAAUGUUCACCCUCUAUCUCAGGCCUUUUCCAAAUUAGAUGCAGUGAAACGGACCUUUGACCUGGAAGAAUACAGCCUCUCUCAGGCUACUUUGGAACAGGUGUUCUUAGAACUCUCCAAAGAGCAAUAGCUGGGAAGUUUUGAUGAUGAAGUUGACACAAGAGUUAGAUGGAAACUCCUCCUGCAGGAAGAGCCUUAA